AUGUUUUACAGCCGAGACAUUCUUCAGAAAAAGGGUGGACAGUUUGGAAAGAUAUGGCUAGCUGCAACCAAAGUGUCUAAACUAACCAGAAGAGAAGUGGCAGGCAUCAAUGUAAAGAAAAGCUGCCAUGACAUUGUACAGUACAUCAGGAGAAGAGUUCGACAGGGCACAUCUGGGAAGAGAUUAGAUUUUUCUCUGUACUUGUCAGCUCAGCUCAUGUACGGUGUUGUGCUGGUUCAUCAAAAGCAUGCAGAAUUUCUACUUGGUGAUGUCACAACCACCUUUAUCAGAGUAAGAGGCCAUGCUGCCAAGCAAGUACAAGAAAUCAACCUUGCAGAACCAAAGUUAGACAAAGUUCAAAUUACAACAACAAAAUGAGUUACAGUCUCCUACCGCUAGUUUUG